UUGCGCCUCCGUGAGCCGCAAGGGGGUGGGGGGCGGGAGAGGAGCGGGAGUUGGCGCCUGCGCAGUGCCGCGGCCCGUUUCCCCGCAGCGCUGAGCCAGCCGGAACGGACAUGCGCGGGAGGCUGUCGAGGGGGCAGCUGUGGCUCAGCCAAGGGAAUGAAAGUGUCUGGUUAACUGGCUCUCCGGAAGCUUGGGGACACCUUGGACGAAGACACAAUGUCAACAGCAGGCGUUGCUGCUCAGGAGAUUAGAGCCCCACUGAAAACUGGAUUUCUGAGUAAUGGCCAAGCCAUGGGGAAUCUGAAGACCUGCUGGAACAGCCAUAGCGAGUUUGAAAAUAAUUUCUUUGGCAUCGAUUCCAUAAGCAUGGCCUACAGUCUGAAUUCGACCGCCCAGGAGCACCUGACAUCCAUAGGGCCCGUUUCCAAGUCCGUCCCAAUGAGCGGCCACUGCUGUGCAGAGAAUGGCUUCAAAGCUCCAACUCAGAAGUCCAGUUUGCCUCCCCUCAUCAUCCCCCACAGUGAGCAUUCCGGGAGGCACGAAGACGAGCAGAUCGUUUCCGGAUUUAAGAAACUCUCAAUAAACGGGAGCUGCGCGUCUCCCAGGAGUCCACCUCUCACCCCCAUUAAAAACGGUCUUUCCUUGUUCCCUCUCGGGGCUCCCGGGGAGAGGGGCUCCCGGCCGCUCCCCCCACUGCCAAUUUCCGAAGACCUCUCUCCGGACGACACGGACUGCGAGGUGGAAUUCCUGACUAGUUCGGACACGGACUUGCUUCUAGAAGACUGUGCCCUUUCCGUUUUCAAAUACGGGGUUCCGGGCAGGCGGAGCUUCCGGGGGUGCGGCCAGAUCAACUACGCAUACUUUGACACCCCAGCUGGGUCUGCGGUGGAAGAUGGCAGUGAAGCGGCCGACCCGAACGGAUGUAUACAAAACUCAAAUCCCCUCUUACCGCAAAACCACCGGAGAUUACGGAGGUCCCACUCGGGGCCGGCUGGAUCGUUUCACAAGCCCGCGAUAAGGAUAUCUAGCCACUUACACCGAGCCUCUCCCAACUCAGAUGAAGACAAACCCGAGGUCCCCCCGAGAGUCCCCAUCCCCCCUCGGCCGGUGAAGCCGGAUUACAGAAGGUGGUCGGCGGAGGUGACUUCCAGCACGUACAGCGACGAGGAUCGUCCCCCGAAGGUCCCCCCCAGAGAACCCUUGUCCCGAAGUAACUCCCGCACACCAAGCCCCAAAAGCCUUCCGUCAUACCUCAAUGGGGUCAUGCCCCCUACCCAGAGCUUUGCCCCCGACCCCAAAUAUGUCAGCAGCAAAGCCCUUCAAAGACAGAACAGUGAAGGAUCUGCUAACAAGGUCCCUUGCAUUCUGCCCAUCAUUGAAAACGGAAAGAAGGUUAGUUCCACGCAUUACUAUCUGCUCCCCGAGAGGCCCCCGUAUCUGGACAAAUAUGAGAAGUUCUUUAGGGAAGCGGAGGAAACCGGUCCCGGCCCCCAAGUGCAGCCUUGGGCCGGAGACUGCGGGGUCGUUUCGGCUCCGGAGAAGCUGGACUCCAAAUCUAAGACAGACCUAGGCAGCCACGUGAAACGCAAACACUUAUCCUACGUGGUUUCUCCGUAGGCUGUCGGAACGUAAUUCAGCACAGGUCACGAGGGAUGUGAUAGUUCUUGAAAGAAUUUUUGAAUUUUGUCAAGAUCUAAGGAAAAAAGACUCUCUGAACACUACCUAAACGGUAGUUAUCUCUGUCCUGAGGAGAAUGUGGAAAACCAAUGUAAAGUGUUCUUCUGUUGAUUAUUCCUGUGUUAUCUUUGAAGAGAAAUCUUUCUAUUCAAGUCUCUAACUUAAAGAUGUGAGGGAGGGGGGGCGGGGCACGGCUGGGGGAGACACCUUUUUAAUAGAGAAACAUUUGGUGUAACCGUAGACACAGGCGAGCCAGUUUGUUACUGUCUUAGAGUAAUAUAUAUUCAAAGUUAUCGAACGAUACAGGCUAGGGGAAUGAGACCACUGGCCGACGGUAAACCGAGGGAACGGAAGAAAGUACGGCAUCGUUAGUUUUGAACCACAAGAGGUUGUAUGUCGUGGGAGUUCUUGUUUUCGUUUUUCCAUCUGACUCUCCGAAGGGAAGACGUUUCCAUUGAAACCGCGGGGUCCGUGCUUUACCCCCCUGAACCUUCGUGCUGGUUUAAGACUCAUCAGGCGGUCUGACUCUUGGGGAAUUUUUUGAAGUUCAAUUAGAAGCAAAAUUAUUUGUACAUGUCUCACACUUUGGAAAAAUUAAUAGAAAGUAGAAUUAGUGUACAACUUCCUUCACUGGAGCUGGGUUUCCUUGCCUCGUGGUGCCUUCAGAGUCGUUUUCACCGGCUUAGGGAAGGCCACUAUGAAGGGAUGCUAGUUACCCCAACAGAAGUGGGGCUCUUUCAGCUGGUCUCUCGCUGAUAGGAAGAAGGCCUGCUAGAUAGACUAACUCACUCAUCAUUUGUUCAUGCCUUGAAGGGGGAAGGAAGAAGCCUGGGGUUGGGACUUCACUACCUACUGUUGAGGGGUUUUGUUUUUUUGUUUUUGUUCGUUUUUUUUACUUCUGACUGUAUUAAAAAACAGAAAUACAACCCAAGCUGGCCUUGCGUUGCUGGUUUCUGUUCAGUAUUUUCUGGGGUUUGUUUGCUUGUAAGGGAAACAGUUCCACCGACCAACAGCCCAAUCAAUGUACGUCUUAAUACGUGAGGUCAUGUCCGUUUCUUUCGGUUUAAAAACUACUUCUCGCAGGGGACUGUUGCUGCUUCAUUGAUUCAGUUUCUCACAUCCUUACCCGUAUUUUUCCUGGAUAGAUAAGCACAAGAGAGAGGUGCUCACUAACUGAGAUACAUUACUACAAUGUUCUAACAGUUAAACAAGCUGUUUACAGUUUAAACUGCUGAAUGAUAUAUUUGAGCUAUUUAAAGCUUAUUAUAUUUUAGUACAAACUAAAUGAAGGUGAAAACAUGCUAUAGAAAAUGCACUGAUUUCUGCAUCAUGUGUACAGUAUUGGACGAAAGGAAUUUAUUCAUUUUGUUGCAUUAUUUUGAAUAAUAUGUCUUUUCAUUUUAAUAAAGUUAUAAUAUUUAUGACAGUUAA